AUGGAUGAUGUUGCUGGUGCUGCAGAGACUGGAUCUGGAAAAACACUUGCUUUUGGUUUGCCCAUUUUGCAACGUCUUCUUGAAGAACGAGAAAAAACUGACACGCUGCUUGCUGAAAAUGGAGAGGCGGAUGAAAAAAUUGCUUCAAGUGGUCUUUUACGGGCCCUGAUUAUUACUCCUACUAGAGAGCUUGCACUUCAGGUCACUGAUCAUCUCAAAGUUGUGGCCAAAGGCACUAAUAUAAGGGUGGUUCCUAUUGUUGGUGGCAUGUCAACAGAAAAGCAGGAAAGACUUCUGAAAACAAGGCCUGAGGUUGUUGUUGGAACUCCAGGGAGGCUAUGGGAACUUAUGUCAGGUGGAGAAAUUCAUCUUGUUGAGCUGCAUUCAUUGUCCUUCUUUGUGCUGGAUGAGGCUGAUCGCAUGAUAGAGAAUGGUCAUUUUCAUGAGUUGCGGUCCAUAAUUGACAUGCUUCCUGUUACCGCCGGAUCAAUUGAAGGGCAUUCUCAGAGUACAGAUAAUUGUGUGACAGUUUCGAGCUUCCAAAGAAAGAAGAGGCAAACUUUUGUGUUUUCUGCAACUAUUGCCCUCUCUGCUGAUUUCCGGAAAAAGCUAAAGCGUGGAUCACUAAAAUCCCAACCAAAUGAUGCAAUAAAUUCAAUAGAAGCUCUUUCUGAACGAGCAGGAAUGAGAGCCAACGCUGCUAUUGUUGAUCUGACAAAUGUGUCAAUUGUAGCAAAUAAACUUGAGGAGUCGUGUAUUGAAAGAAAAGACAAGAGGGUCUCUAGCACUUUCUUCCUUAAGAAAGAGUAG